UGGCUGUCAGCUUUUAAUGGUGAAGAAAGCCGGAGAGAACCUCAGUGUUGACAGGCUAGUGACACAGUAGUUGAACUUCUAAGAUCACAUGGCCACCAAGGCCUCACAAUACUAUAUAACUGGUUAAAGAAAAGGAUUUUACUUUUUAAAUUGAUGAAAUUUUGUAGCUAUUAUUGAUUUUGAUGUGACCAAAAGGUCAAACAUUAGUAGUGUAGGAGUUUAAUUAACAAAAAAAAAAUCACUUAUGAAAUUACAAUAUUUAAGGUAACAUAUUGCUACACAUGUGUCGACCAAGUAAUUAAGCAUGAAAAAGCCAGAGACUUAAUUUAUUCCAAACAAAGUAAUGGGCAGUGAAUAUGUAAACAAAAUCCACCGUUUUCGUUUUGCCAGACACUGAGGGGAUUCACUUUCCAUUUGUAUAAAAAGAAUCAUAAAGUAAGGGUAUAAUUAAAAUAAGAAUCCCCGGAUAAUCAAAUCCUUUCAUUUUCUCAAUUCACAAUAAUUUGUCACAUUUGUAUAGACCGUCAUAUUUGGGAACCUUGCAAAUGGUUCUAUUGGUGUUUCCAUGGACUAUUGUUAACUUUUUAAAAACCUUACAUUCAUCUUAAAGUAUUAUCAGCAGAUAUAUUUUACGCAUUUAAGUAUGUUAUUUCUUCAGUCGCCCAGUAUCUAUAUCUUCGUCGAGUAUAAACCCUUCGGAAAAUUAAGAAUGUUAUCCAGAAAUUUAAGAAUAUCUCAUGAUGCAUUGACUUGAUGCAGAAAAUGUGAACAUUACAAAAGAAAAAUAUACAACAAUCAUUGUAUCCAUUGUGUAAAUUAAAAGAGCAGCUGAUAAAAUAUGGAGCUCACUUAAAUCAUUGUUCUACUUAGUAUUAUUUCUUAUAAACUAUCUUUAUUAGGUAUUAAUAAUCUAGCUAUUAAAUCAUGAUUUUGCAUUUCGCUAUAUUAAUUGUAUCUAUUUCAUUUAUUUAAUGCAAACGAAAUCGCACGUAAUUCAUUUAAAUGAGAUAUGGUUAACGUUUUUGAUGUGAAAACAUAUCAAUUUAUGUCAAUGACUGUAAAUAAAAUAUAUUAAAGAUUGUAAUCCAAAUUAUGUCUUUAAUCCCGGGAGAAAGUUUACCACAUUAGCCAAAUAUACUAGUUGUUACAGUUUAGCGUAGAAAUUUCAUCGAUUGAAAUCGGUAGGAUUUUUUUCAUUAAUUAAAUUCCUACACAUCUAAUGUUUGACAUCUUUUAUUGAUGGUAUCAUAUUGAAACAGAGUAACCAAUUAAGAACAUUUUAGUGAUUCAGAAAUGUAUGCAUUUUCAAGUAGGUAAAUUUAUUGACCUUACUACGACCAACUUAUAGCUAUAUAUUUAUAUCAUAUUUGUUUUUCGUUCAUUGUUUUGUACAUUAAUCAGGCCGUUAGUUUUCUCGUUUGAAUUUUUUUUACAUUUGUCAUUUUGGGGCCUUUUAUAGCUGACUAUGCGGUAUGGGUUUUGCUUAUUGUUGAAGGCUGUACGGUGACCUAUAGUUGUACACGUCUAUGUCAUAUGAGUUAUCUCAUUGGCAAUCAUACCACAUCUCCUUAUUUUUAUAUGUAUAGAAGCAAUAUCAUGUACGGAAUGACGCAACAGGUGUGUCAGAUAAAACUAUCCAUCGAAUUUGAAAUGACGUCAGAGAAUUCAUGGACAUAAAAAUUGACUUAAACUAAACAAUUUCAAUUAAUCGCAUCGCUGUCCCCGUUGACAAUUGUCAUUCAAUUGCCCUGAUGACGUUUUUUUGUAACAUUCGACUUAAUGUCUGUGUGUUUUCAUCACAUGUUAUUUACAACGCGUUGCUUAUUAGAAACCUUUAAAACGAAGCCUAUGGUAAUUUAAUGCAGGUCCCUUGUGGACAAGAGAUUUGUGUACAACAAAAACAAGUUAAAUGAAAAAUCCAUACGAAUAUUCUGAGAAACAGACUGAACUGAUAACAAAAAAGCGAAAUAUUAUAAAUAGCAACCACAUUAUGCAGGCAUGCUAGAAACCAUUAGAAUUUUAACGUACAAAAGUCACGUCGAUUUCUCACACUCUAAGAAUUUCAGAAAGCAGAAAUCGUUGUGUAGAUUUUUUGAGCUGGAAACCAAGAGAAAACAACUACUUGUUUAACAACUGUUAGUUUCCGAUGGUAUCACCAACCCUUUAGCUCAGAACCUCAUAUUGGCAUGAACAAUUUGAAGCAACAGUAGUUUACCGAUGUACAAAUCUCAUAAAUCUAUUAAGAAGAUCAAAUCAAGGGAAAAAACCCAAAAACUUCGGGAAUCGCAUGAACUCAUAAAAUUGCUAGACAGGGUUAGCGUCUCCUGUUAUAUAAAUAUUAAGGAGGUGUAGUAUAAUUGACAAUGAAACAGCUAUUCACCAACCAGAGCUCAAAUGAAGUUGAUGUAUGCAUGUUUCAUCCGCCAUGCGAAUCGACACUUUGUCAAAAUGUCACAAUCAUGAAUAGGACACAAUCGAUAGUUUGCAGAUCAGACGACUAUUCUGAUAUCUUAACAUCUGAAACUGCUAAACAUGUCGCUAUUGAGUUGAACCACAAGAACAUUGUUCAUUCCAACCAACCCUUAAUGAUUCCCUUAAAAUUUGGGUAGUUUAUAUUUCCCUCUUUUUUCGUUAAUUUGAAAAAAAAGAUAUUGUUUCAAUGAAAUUUGCUGGUUUAAAGCUAGGAGAAUCAUUUGAAUGUAAGGAAUGUAAUUCCCUAGUUUAUAGCUCUAAUUCCUUGUCCGGUUUUGGCUAUACUCUUGGUCCUUUUCGGUUAUAUCUGCAGUUCUACGUUUUUAGUAGAUUUUAAAUUUCAACAUUUUGGCCUGAAGCACCCCCGAAGAGACAUUCAAUCGCGAAAGACUUAUUUGGUGCAGUAAAAUCGGUACCGUAUUAUGUUGUGAAAUGUCCAAUGUCGUCGUUUCACUGUUUUAAGACAUUCAAAUUAGGAAUAAACAUUAUAAAAACUUAACAUACGCAAGACGGGAUGUAAUUUCCUGCAUUUGAUUUCCGUUUUAUUUACGGUUUCGUAGGUGUUUCACUACGUGACGUUUCACAGACGUCUAUAAACUUAAAAGUUUAGAAAAGUCAAUAAGUUUAUCGUAUUCUUAUGCAAAUCUUAUUCUAUAGACAAAGAUAAAGCAAGAGAGUUAUUGUUGGGUUUCUAUCAAUAUAGAUCGAAUGAAAAUGUUGAUUGCAACUGUUUUUUUUUCCAGGAUUUAAUUUAUAUUAUUUCACUGUGGUAUAUGACGAUUUAUUGAAUAAAAAAACUACUUCAUUCAAAUUGUACCAGGUUAAUAAUCGGUUAAAAAUGAAAAACUUAUUUAAUAUUUUGUUUUGAUAUUGUUUAUUUUGUAGUUAUUUGGUUUGUCUGAUAUGGUUUCUUGUUUUAUUGUGUGUUAGUUGGAAAAAAAGAGGCGGAAGAUAUUUUGAUUAAACAUGGUGAAAAAGUCUAUAGCAUUGUAACAUAGUAACACACACAUUGCUUAAAUAUGAAGACGAGUUUUGUUAUUCCUUAGCACACUUGACGGGAUUUGAAAUUCAGUUAGUGGAAAUGGAAAUGUACGAAUAUCAUAACCCUGAUCGACUUAACUCUUCUGUCGGGUUAUAUUCUAACGAGCCAGUUUUUAAGUAUCCUUACUAUGAAAGAUCAUCUAGACUUCGGCGUUCAGCUGAGGAUUUUUUCGAAAAUAAAAAUAAUAUUGCAAUGUAUAUUGUAGCGCCGAUUUUAUUUCUUGUUUUCUGUAGCUGUUGUGGACUUUAUGGUUGCUAUAAAUGUAGAAGAUAUAUGAAAGAAAAUGAUCCUGUUUCAAGUGUUAAGCAAAAGAUACGUAAUGUCCGAGAUUUAAUCACCGGGAAAAACAAAUUAAGAAGACAGCAAUUUUUAGAUCAAUUAAAUAAAAGAAGCCGUCCGUCAUCAGCCAAAAGUAUUCAAUAUUAUGGAAGAAACAGCAAUAAAGAUGAUUUAGAUGAGAUCAGAUCAGUUAUGUCAACACCCGGGAUAUCUUAUUUUCCAGAAAACAAAUCAUUUGCCAGCUCAUCUUCAAAUUCCCAGUCUGCUGUUUUCAUACACGAUUUUCAUAAUUCGCCGUUAUCAACUCUGACCGAGUCUACUAUAAUUAGCUGUGCGGUCAGUGUUGAGGAUCAUCCGUUCGGAAUUUUAACUUCGGAAUCCAUUGAAAUGCAAAGUCAAACUCCGCUCCCCGAAAAGUCUUCAUACAGUAGAUUUUUAGAUCGUGGUACUGCUAUUGUUGAACAAAAUGGAGAUUUGUUAUUUUCUGUGCAAACACCUGGAAAGGCUGCACUUGUACGUAGCACUGUUUAUGAACCAAAUUCAGUAUAUAGACAAAAAAGCAACGUUAGUUUUACAGCACCUUGCGUUGGUAAGGCAGCUUUUGUGAAGACUCGGUCUUAUGCAUCUAACAAAGAAAUACAAGCACCAUUACCUUAUACAACAAAACACUAUGAAGAAAGUUCAAACCAGCGACAAAUGGAAUCAAAAUUAACAAAUAUAGAGCUGUCUGUUUUUAAAGGAUCCACAGAAGAUUCAUCAUAUUUUCCCUCCAUACUUAUUUCACCAGUUAAACCAAGUGUACAGAAAAAUAUAGAAAAUGUCAGCCAUAGUUCAGAAAAUAUGCUCGAUAGUGACGAUUGUUCGUGUGAAAGUUCAGAAAUGUCAUCAAGAUAUCUAGACUUAAAUGAAAAACCUCAAUCACUUUCGAUUAAUUUGCCUAAAUUAUCAAAUAGUGAAGAAUUAGUAUUUAAGAGCAAUGGAGAGAAAAUAAAUUCCGAUGACCCCCCAUCAUACUCCUCUAUAGAACAGCUCAGUUACAAAAUGCGGGGUAGUUCCGCACAUUAUAGACAGGAAAAGUAUCGGACAAAUAAUACAGAUUCAAAACUGGACAAAAUCUCAUCACCUUUUUCGAAAAAUGCAAGUAAUCAGUGGAACAAUUUUGCUAAUAGAGGAGAACUAAGUUAUGCUGAUACAAUGAAAUCUUUAAAAUAUGCAACUGGUAAACAAAAGUCAGAAAUUGAAUUAAAAGACAAAACAUUUUCUGAUAAUGUCAACGACACAGCCAAACAAGCUGUCAUUAACGAUUCUUUUCAAGAGUUUGAAGUAAAUCAAAAAACAAAGUAUCAACUACUUGCAGAAAAAUUUAUAAAAGAGGCAGCAACCAAACAGAAGACAAAACGACAAAAAGACAGUAGAAUAGUCGAUUACUGGAGAUAAUUAGCAUUCCCGUAUCCACAUUUUCAGUUUUGUAUGAUUUGAAAAAGCCAAUUUUCAGAAUAUGAUAUAAGAUACACAAAAAUCUAAAACACAAAUCAUAACUUGCUGUAUAUACACAACAGGAUGUGUUUGCAUUUGUUUCAAUUUAUUAUUAAUUUAUUUAUUGUAUUUGUUGCACAAGGAAAUUUUUAUAAAUUAAUUAAAACAAAUCGCAAAGAUUAAUGAACCCGGAAAAUAAACACCAUGUGUACUUUUUGUUCUUUGA